GGACCCUUGCAUAGAUCUUUGGAGACUCAAGAUGUUGUAGGAUGUAGUGCAGAGCCAUAUUAACAGCAUCAUCUGUUGAUCUAUUUGCUCGGUAUGCAAAUUGCAAGGGGUCUAACAGCGGAUCCGUGAUGGUUUUCAGGUAGGAAAGCACUAGCCUUUCAAAGGUUUUCAUGACUACAGAUGUUAAAGCAACUGGUCUGUAUCAUUCAGUUCCUUGAUGGUGGGCUUCUUCGGCACUGGGAUGAUGGUAGAGCCUUUGAAGCAAGAAGGAACAUAGCACAUCUCUAGUGAUUUAUUGAAAAUAUGGCUGAAGAUGGGGGCCAAUUGGUCAGCACAGACUUUUAAGCAAGAAGGAGUUAUCUUGUCUGGGCCUGGAGCUUUUCCUGGCUUUUGUCUGUGAAAUAGGUCCUGCACUUCCUUUUCUGUGAUCACUAGGGGUUGUGAACCCAAUGAAAUGGAGUCAGUUGUAGGAGGCUUGGCUGUUGUUGGUGUGUGGGGGUUGUGGAGAUGGGGGUUGUGGAGAUAGGUGGCUGUAGUUUCCUUUCAAACCUGCAGUAAAACUCAUUCAGGUCAUCUGCCAGUUGUUGAUUACCUUCAGCCUGGAAAGGAGGUUUGCCAUAGCCGGUGAUAUUUUUAAGAGUUUUCCACAUGUUUGCUAAUUCAUUUGCUGAAAACUGAUUCUUUAGCUUUUCAGAGUAGCUUCUUUUUGCCACUCUGAUCUCCCUUGUUAGUGCAUUUCUAGCCUGAUUGUACAGCAUUUUAUCACCUUUUCUGUAGGCUUCCUCUUUGGAAUGUCGUAGCUGCUUAAGUUUAGGUGUGAACCAAGGUUUGUUGUUCCUGUAUAUUCACAAGUUCCUUGUAGAUACACAUAGGUCUUCACAGAAGCUGACAUAUGAUGUUACAGUAUCUGUGAGUUCAUCCAGGUCUGCAGAGGUAUCUUAAAAAAUAUUCCAGUCAGUACAGUCAAAACAUGCCUGUAGCUUUAAUUUUGAUUCCUCCGUCCAGGUCUUCACUGAUUUAAUUGUUGGUUUUGUGGUUUUAAGUCUUUGCCUGUAAGCAGGUACAAGGUGAAGCAUGCAAUGAUCAGAGUGUCCUACAGCUGCACGUGGUGAAGACCGAUAAGCAUCUUUUAGUGUUGUGUAGCAAUGGUCUAGAGUAUUCUUGCCUCUGGUGGGACAAUUGACAUGCUGAAAGUAUUUUGGUAGGUCUUGCCUUAAGUUUGCCUUGUUUAGAUCUCCCAAAUCUAGUGAAUCAGGGUGUUUGGCUUCAGCCUCCAUGAUUUGGUCAGCUAGAGUUCAUAAUGCCUUGUUUACACAGGCUUGUGGUGGGACAGAAACAGCAAUUAGAAGAAAUGAGGAAAAUUCACGAGGCGAAUAGUAUGGAUUGCAGUUGAUAAUUAAAGUCUCUAAAUUGUUGUCACAGAAUUUGUAAAUUAUUUUAAAAUCUUGACACCAGUUGUUGUUAAUAUAUAGGCAUAAGCCUCCUCCUUUCUUUUUACCAGAUGUUUCUGUAAUCCUGUCUGAUCGUUCAAUCUGAAACCCUGGAAUGUUCAGGCUACUAUCUUCAAUUGAUUCAUUUAACCAGGUUUCAGGGAAGCAUAGGACUGCUGAAUUGCGAAAAUCAGAAUAGUAUUUGUUUAAGAGGAGUAUUUCAUCCAUCUUAUUUAGAUGGCUAAUCUAAAUCUAAUCAUUAGAUGACUAAUGAUAAUUGAUAUUGAUAAUUGAUUAAUGUUAGUUGACUACUAACAUUAAUCAAUUAUCAAUAUCAAUUAUCAUUAAUCAUUAAUUAAUUAACACUAAUAGCUGAAUAUCCAAUAAUCUAAUUAAUUAAUUAUUGGCAACUCAAUAAUUAGUAAAUUGUCAUUAUUUACUGUUCUAUGUUAAUUGAUGUAGUAUUGACAUUAAUUUGCUAUCUGAGUAAUUACUUGCUAGUUACUAUUUCACUAUUGAUAUUAAAUUAAGUUUGUAAAAUACAAUAUGGAACAUUGACCAUGCCAGGCAAAAAUUCCAACAGACCUGCCAAACACCCUCAAACAAAAAUUGUCAAUACAAAUAAUGAUCCAAAUGAACCCAGAAUAUGUUAUAAAUGUAAUGAAUCCACAAACGAAAGUGAUGAAUUCAAGAAAUGCCGUCUAUGCACCAAUUAUGCCCACCACUCCUGCCUGAAAAUUAACAAAACAAUAGACAAUUUCCUACAAUCAGACCCUAUAUUUAUCCAUUUAUGUCCAUCUUGUUUUCCAAAAUUAGACUACCUAACUUCCAUGUCUGAUAGAGCCCAUACCAUGGAAACAACUAUAAAGUCACAACAAACUAUCAUUGACUCCAUGGAGGAAAGCUUAGAAAAAAGAAUACUAGCAUGUUUAGAACCACGUUUCACAAAUCUUGAAAAAAAAAUUACAGCACAAAAUAAUGGAAACUUAGCAGAUCAAAAUCUUUUACCAAUCCAACAAACAUUACCUAAUCCACAAUCUAAACCACAACUAUCUGCCAACCAACCAACCAACAUAGCCAUACUAGUCAAAGAUACCAUCGAGAAAGAACAAAAAUGUCAAAAUGCUAUAUUAUUUGGAUUAGAUAACUCCAAUGAACCAGAUAUCACUAAAGUUCGUAACAUCAUUAAAAAUUACAAUUCACUGACCUUCUUCCCUGACGAAAUAAUUGAAGUCUCUAGAGAUGGACCAGAAUACAAAAACAGUGAUGGCUCAGUGGCGCCUAAAUUCUGUAGAGUCAUUUGCAUAAAUGAGACCAGCAAAUGUAAGUUCAUUCAUGCUAUAAACUCAAUUGCGAGAACCACCUCCAGCCACAAUAAACGUAGAUCAUGGCCUGAUCUAUCAUUUCUGCAACGUAUCCGCUCCCGUGAACUCUGCACAGAACUCAAACGACGACAAGACGAAGGCGAAACCAACCUAUACAUUGACUACCGUGCUGACUGCAUAAAAAGAAAAACCUACAAUCAACUGCCCAACAUCCAACCCCCCAUUACCCAAAACAUCCAACCAUCGGUCAUACAGAACUUCCAACCAUCCGUCGUACAAAACCUCCAACCAACUGUCAUCCAAAACUAGGUACGCACGCCCCUUAUUUCCUCUACACCAAACACUGCAGAUCUUAAAUGCAAAUCGAUAAAAGCAAGAAGCAUUGUAAACAAAUUGCCUGAUUUUCUCCUCUUGUUAAAUACUGGUACAUUUGACAUUAUAUUUGUAUGCGAAACAUGGCUGAACUCAUCCCUCCCUGACUCCAUUAUUUCAGAGAAAAAGUAUCAUGUUUUUCGGUCAGAUCACAAAACCCGCACAGGAGGUGGAGUGGCUAUCUUUUACAAAUAGUCACUGAAUCUAAAAAAUAUUCAAGUUGCACAUAAACUCGCUCUUCCUGAAACUUUUGUAUGCAAACUGUCCCUUAACAUCACACUUCACUUCUUGCUAUGCUACAGAGCCCCUGACUACAACAUCGCACAUGCGAACAUGUUAACCACACUACUAACAUGGGCUACCUCUUGCCCAUAUCCUCUCAUCUUCCUGGGUCACCUCAAUCUACCUCUUAUUAACUGGAUAACAAACGAAUGUACAACUCGACCCAUCCAUACUACCCUGUACAACGCUGUUACAAAUCAAGGACUUGAUCAACUAGUAACAAACAAUACAAGACUCAACAAUUGCCUUGACCUCAUCUUCUGCAACAACGCAAACUCAAUUUAUGGACUACAAAUAAAAGAACCCUUUUCCAACAGUGACCACAGCAUGAUAGACUUUUGUCUCAACAUAUGCCCUUACAAUAAUCUUCAUAAUAAUGGUAUUCCAAACUACAAUUUUAAAAAAGCCAAUUAUGACCUUAUAAACACCGACUUCUCAUCUCUUGACUGGCAAAAUCUAUUCUCAACCUGUAUCACUGCUGAAGACCACCACAGAGUUUUCCUACUUGAAGUUAAUAGAGUCAUUGAACUAUACGUACCACAAACCACCACCAAAAUCAGAAAAAAACAAAUUACCCAUAUCAAUAAAAAAGUUCCAAUCAAAAAAAAAAAUAUCCCUCUGGCGAAGAAACAAAACUGGCUAUGUAGCCAACUUCAGAAACCGUUACAAAAAUAUAUGCAACCAAAUAAAGAUUGAAUGCACCAAUUACCACACCAAACAAGAAGAAGACCUUCUGCGCACAAAAUCCAAUCAUGCUUUUUAUAAUUUUGUGAACAACAAACUUAAAGACUCGAGAUCCAUCCCACCACUAAAAGGACCUAAUGGCAAAGAAUAUAAUGAUGAAACAGUUAAAGCAAACCUCUUUAACACAUUCUUCGGCUCAGUCUUUGUUAACAGUAAUGGCUCAUACCCAACAUUCCCCAGUUGUACCAACAAUGAGUACAACAACCUAACACAGAUUUCACAGAAGAUAAUGUUGAAAAGGCUGUUCAAAAACUGAAACCAUCUUUAUCUAUUGGAUCUGAUGGUCUAUGUGCAUACUUCUUAAAAAGCUUUCCAUUAAUAUAGCAGAACCCCUAAGCAUAAUCUUUGAAAAAGCUUUCACAACCAGCUCCCUUCCCAAACUUUGGUCACUAGCCACAGUCAUCCCUGUCUUCAAAAAAGGACACCCCAGCCUAGUUGAAAAUUACAGGCCAAUUUCUUUAUGCUGCGUCAGCUGCAAAGUAAUGGAAUCAAUCAUCAACCAAUCCAUCACCCUCCACCUUGAAACAAACAACCUACUCUCUAAUAAAUAAUUUGGUUUCAGAAAAAAGGUUAUCCUGUAAUUUACAACUUCUUCACUGCAAAAACAUAUGGACUACUAAUCUUAAUCAGGGCAAAGCAAUAGAUGCAAUUUACAUAGACUUCUGUAAAGCUUUUGAUUCAGUGGUACAUGACAAACUUCUCCUAAAACUAAAAUCCUACGGCAUCUCAGGACCCCUCCACAAUUGGAUAACAGCGUUCCUGUCAAACAGACAACAAGUGGUCAAAAUUGGCAAUGCUCUAUCAAAUCCUGUUCCUGUCAAUAGCGGUGUUCCCCAAGGCAGCAUUCUAAGACCAACACCCUUCAUAUUAUACAUUAAUGACCUCUGUGACCAUAUUAUAAGUAAUUGUGUUCUCUUCGCUGAUGAUGUUAAACUAUUUAACACUACCAACAAUACAGUUACCCUUCAAAAAGACCUUGACUUUGUGUCGGAAUGGUCAAAAACUUGGCAACUCCAAA